UUGACAGCGUCAACGGCUCUGAUUGUUUUCGCUCACACAUUUCAACAAUAGUUUCGAUUCAACCGCUCGCACGUAAGGUAUCGGUAUCCGUCAACGGCACAAAGUUCGAAUAUGAUGUCACGUUACAUACAUACGUACUUAUAGACAUCGUUAUAAAACUGCUUAAGGUGCAAGUGUCAGCUACAUUUUGACCUCGGAUUGCUAAAGCAAAGUAGAAGAAGCAAAACUAAUAAUAAUUGAGUUAAUCAAUAUAAGCAACAGCAAAGCGGACUGAAAAGAGCCUCGCCGAUUUAUUAAAAUGUAUGUGGUUAGACUUAUAAUGUGCAUUACGUUCAUGGCGGCUUUGGUUGAUGUUGUUACGCCACGUGAUGAACCUAAGCAGGAAAAAUCAUUCAGGUCCCACGCUAUUUCAAAAAAUGUGAGUAAUGAGGAUGACUUUGAAAAGGAUGAUAUCGGCUGGACUAAUAUAAACGAAGAGGUGGAUGUUGUAACACCAAUGGUCCUAUUGCAUCUGCAAAAGCUAGGCAUAGAACAUUUGCAGUUGCCUGACAUGAAAGAGAGUAUAUCAGUAAAACCCCUGUUCAUCACCUAUGAGGCGGGUCUCCAUUUGACUAAUGGGAUAGUCUAUAACCUAUAUGGUAUAGCGAGACAUGGGGACGCAUUCAUGACGUAUGAAGGCAAAUCGUUCCUCAGCAGAUUUUACUUAAAAAUAAAUAAACUUCAGUUCGAAUAUAACUUUUUCCUAAAACUGAUGGCAAUUGAAGGAUACGGCAAAGUUAUGGGUUCGUUGGACAAUACAGUCGUGUAUGCUGAGUUAGCUGUAAAUGUCAUCAACUCCAAGCUUCAUCUUCACGAUUUUCGUAUAAUGGAGUUCAGUAAUAUCCAUGUUCAACUGGACCAGGCUCGGUUGAUAAGACAGCUGACUGGAAUUAUACUAAGCCCUAUAACAAAUUUUUUUAAAGAUCGCAUAACCACCUCCAUAGCAGAUGGACUUAAAGAUCAAAUGCAGUCGGUGAUGGAUGAUUUUAACAACGAGGAUCCGUUACAGCUACGUGAAUUUACCAAAAAAUUGUUAUCUGGCAUAACUGGAAAUACACCAGAAGAAAUUGAUUAGUUCUGCUUAUGUGAAAUAAAUGUUUAAGA